UCACUCAAAACCUGAUUCUGGAAGAAAUCAGCAACCUUUGGGAAAGUUCUAUUCGAAAAUGGCGUCAGAAGUGAGGAGAAUCAAGCUGGGGUCACAGGGGCUGGACGUGUCAGUCCAAGGCCUAGGUUGCAUGGGAAUGACUCAUGGAGAUGGUCCUCCAAAGCCUGAGGCAGAUAUGAUCAAGCUCAUCCACCAUGCUUUCAAUAAAGGCAUCACUCAUUUUGACACCUCUAUCAUCUAUGGUCCAUAUACUAAUGAAAUUCUCGUUGGAAAGGGGUUGAAGGGGUUGCCAAGGGAGAAAGUCCAACUUGCUACUAAAUUUGGUGUGAAACCACUGGAAGGUGGAGGAACGGAAGUUUGUGGUGAUCCAGAGUAUGUGAGAGAGGCCUGUGAGAGUAGCUUGAAGCGUUUGGGAGUUGAUUAUAUUGAUCUUUACUAUGUUCACCGGAUUGAUACAAGGGUUCCUAUUGAAAUCACGAUUGGAGCUCUGAAGAAACUGGUUGAAGAGGGUAAAGUAAGAUACAUAGGUCUGUCUGAGGCCUCACCAGAAACAAUCAGGAGGGCUCAUGCCGUUCACCCCAUAUCAGCUGUGCAACUAGAGUGGUCCUUGUGGACAAGAGAUGCUGAGGAAGAAGUUAUUCCCACAUGCAGGGAACUUGGCAUAGGAAUUGUACCAUUCAGUCCUCUGGGCAAAGGAUUCUUCGGAGGUGGUGCGAAGCUUAUGGAGAAUUUGUCCAGCAACGACUACCGCAGGACUGUCCCUAAGUUUCAAGGGGAGAAUCUUGAGCACAACAUGAAGCUGCUCGAGCGCGUUGGUGAAUUGGCCACAAGAAAGGGUUGCUCCACAUCCCAAUUGGCCUUAGCAUGGGUUCAUCAUCAAGGGGAUGACGUCUGUCCCAUUCCUGGCACUACUAAGAUUGAGAACCUGGAGAGCAACAUCAAGGCCUUAUCGGUGAAGUUGACACCGGAAGAAAUGGCUGAGCUUGAAUCAAUUGCUUCAGCUAAUGCAGCAAAGGGUGACAGAUACCCACCUGCUAUGAUGGCACAUACUUGGAGAUUUGCAAAUACUCCGCCUCUGUCAUCUUGGAAAGCUACAUAGAAAGGUGUACUGGCUCUUGGUAGCUGAUUCCUCUGUACUCUUUGUUUUCUUUGAAGGUCUGUUACAUGGUUUACGUGAAGCAGCUCUGUUAUCUGUUUGUACUUUAUUAUUAUGGUUGGCAAUUAAACUUAGAACCCGAACCAGCUCGGACGAUUGUAUUGACAAGUAAAAUUACGAUUGAAGCUUCCUUUCCAGGAGUGAAACA